CUCGAACUGUGAAGUUAAGCUUUGUAUUUUGUAUUUAUUUAAUACGGUAUUAAAAAUAAUUAAUAAAGACGCGCCACGUAUGAAGUGAUGAUAUAGUCAAUAAUAAUAUAUUUUAUUAUAUUUGUAACAGUGUUUUAAUUUUUAAACAAGUUAAGCAAAGCAUUUACAACAAUAAAAUAAAAUGUGUAGUUCUGAUAAGAAAUUGGGUGAGAUACGUGCACUAAUACUCGUUGGAGGCUAUGGGACCCGUCUUAGACCAUUGACUUUAAGUAGACCUAAGCCGCUAGUUGAAUUUGCCAAUAAGCCAAUUUUAAUGCAUCAAAUUGAAGCAUUGGUAGAUGCAGGAGUGACGCAAGUCAUUCUUGCUGUUUCAUACAGAGCUGAGGAUAUGGAAAAAGAGCUUACAGAACAAGUAUCGAAACUGGGUGUAUCACUUACUUUUUCUCAUGAAACAGAACCACUUGGCACAGCAGGACCUCUUGCACUUGCUCGAGAGCUGCUUAGUGCCAGUCCUGAGCCAUUCUUUGUAUUAAACUCUGAUGUGAUAUGUGAUUUUCCAUUUAAAGAGCUGGCCAAAUUUCAUAGGAGCCAUGGAAAGGAGGGAACUAUAGUCGUAACAAAAGUAAAAGAGCCUUCAAAGUAUGGUGUAGUUGUGUACAAUGAUGGUGGGGUAAUUGAAAGCUUUGUUGAAAAACCGCAGGAAUUCAUUUCUAAUAAAAUCAAUGCAGGAAUGUAUAUUCUCAAUCCAUCAGUUCUGGAUAGAAUUGAGUUACGUCCAACAUCUAUAGAGAAAGAGGUAUUCCCUUUCAUGGCGAAAGAUGGACAGCUUUAUGCUAUGGAAUUAGAAGGAUUUUGGAUGGAUGUUGGACAACCAAAGGAUUUCUUAACUGGUAUGUGCCUUUACUUGACCAGCUUACGCCAGAAGAACUCAAGCAUGUUAUAUGAAGGCGAUGCAGUUGUUGGCAACGUAAUCAUUGAUCCAACGGCAACCAUUGGGAAAGGUUGUCGGAUAGGGCCGAAUGUUACAAUUGGACCGAAUGUCGUCAUUGAGGAUGGUGCAUGUAUAAAGCGUAGUACUAUUCUCCGCGGCGCAUGCGUCCGCCAGCACGCUUGGCUCGACGGUUGCAUCGUCGGCUGGAAGUCGGUCGUCGGCCGAUGGGUUAGGAUGGAGAACACCACAGUCCUCGGUGAAGACGUCAUAGUCAAGGAUGAACUUUACAUAAACGGCGGUCAGGUCCUUCCUCACAAAUCGAUUGCUUUAUCUGUUCCCGAGCCACAGAUAAUAAUGUGAAUAGGCAAUAAUGUCUUUUUAUUUUUUUUAAUAUCAUAAUAAUUAUUAUAAUUUUAAUAAUUUGUAAUAAUUAUAAUAAUUUGUAAUAUCCGAUUGUAAAAAAUGUAUGAAAUAUCAUCAUUUAAGGCUAUAUAUAUCUAACAAUUUAGAUAUCCGUUGUAUUUGUUAUUUAGCAUUUUUAUAAAUCCAGAUAAAAGAUAUAAUAUCAGUGCAAUAGUAAUUUUUAAAAUAGACUUUAAUAGUCAGUAAAAAUGAUUUCAUUACAAAAAAUAAUAACAUUAUGGAUUUUAAUUAUUUAUUUUUUUGCAAAAUUGUAUUGCAUUAUUGAUUUUAGGAUUUAUUUUAUUAAAUUUAAAUAAAAUUUAAGUUUUGAGUUUAAACAUUUUAACUUAUUGUUUAUUGACGGAAAAUAUUAUACUGCAUAUUUUUUUAUUUCUCAUAUUAUAUGAUCCGAGGGAGCCCAGGAGUAAGGACGUGUAAAUUUUAAAUGAUGUAGGCAGGUCCAAACACCACUACAAGCACCACUGAAUUUUCAUGUGCUCAACUUCUGUCGUGCUCGGCGGUGAAGGAAAACAUCGUGAGGAAACAUGCAUGUGUUCAAUUUCGCUGAAAUUCUGCCACGUGUUUAUUCACCAACUCGCAUUGGGGCAACAUUGUGGCAUAAGCUCCAAACCUUCUCAUUGGGUGGGACAUUCACAGGCUGUUAUUUAAUUUUUCCAUUUUUUCAUAUUACAUGUGAGUUUUUAUUACAUGGUUGUACUUAAAAACUAUCCAAUCUAAUAAUCUUGAAAUGUCAUUUGUUAAGUUCGCACAAAGUAAUUCCUCUCUUUAUGUUCUUGUAAUAUUCUUUCAUUGGAAAGAAAUAUAUGUCAUAUAUUAUUACUUUUAAAAUAAAUAAUACUUAUAAUUAAUAUAAACAUUAUCUAGAUUUAGUAUAGUAUCUUUUAAUUUACAAAAAAUAAAUAAAAAAUGCAUCAAAGAUCACAUUUUAUAUUAUUAGUUAAAAGAAUAUUAUUACAUUAUUAAUUAUAUUUUGUAUUAUUUUGAUAAUAGAGCUGGUUCUUGUGUAACUCACUAAAGUAAUUUGAUAGAUUAAAAAUAUUGAUGUCUCUUUCUUAUGUAUUAAGAUAGCAAUAAAAAUGUCUUUUCUCCUGUCGAUUUACUCCAGUUUGGAAAUUGUGUAUAUAAAAGACACAACAAAUGAGACCUUUGAUGACAGAAACAUUUUAAAUUCAAUUUAUUUUAUUUUUUGUUUUUAAUAAGUGACUAAAUAAAUUUUAACAUUCCAGGCUAGUGGUAUACUGCCAUUAUACACCAAAAUUGUAAUUUUAUAUUGUAGUGAUAAGCUUUUGUACUAUAUCAACACAAAUUAGUCAUGUAAUAAAAAAAAAUAAAGGAUAUUUUUAAUACAAGUGUUUU